GGUAAGAUCGCGCUCGUUCCUUUAUUUCACUUUUAUGUAUGCUCAGAAAAAACUUCAUCAAUUCUGCUUCAAAUUUGGUGGAUCUUUGACGUUUUUAUGCCCUUACUGUAUUUGAUUAUGUUGUUGUUCGAUUUUCACGUGCUGAAUAGGUUUCGCGUGUUCUAUUUUGAUCAUUAAUGGUUUAUUUGUAAUGUUAACCCCUGAAGUGAGUUGGGAAGUUCUUUUGGAUUUAUUUCAGUUGCAUUUACAUCUGGUUGACAGAACUCAGAACUCUCCCUCCCCCAAAUUUCAGCCAUAUUCUUACUUAAUAUUGAAUCUGCGCCUGAUUACGACCUGAGUUCUGUGACUUCCUGUAGUAGUAUAAGGGUUCUCUCGGUUAUUGGAUUCGGGCGAAACCGAAGAUCGGGUAAAAUGUGAAUCCGACUCGUGACCCAGUGAUGGGAAAGUACAAGAGAUUGAGAGGAGCCACUGAAUGUGCCCUUUUUCUUGUUGUAGGUCCUAUAUAAGUAACAAAUCUCUUUUGCAGUUUCCUGUAGGCUUGAGGAGAGAUAGGCAAAUCUUUGCAGGUUCAGCUCUUAGAUAAAGUAUAAUUGGCUCAUUGAAGUUAAUCACUAAUAUCCCUUGGUAAAAUGCGACUACAGCUACUAUUGCAGGCGGUUGUUUCUGGCUGGUAGUUGCUUGUUGUUAGAAUGUGGAAUUUUGCUUCCAAUUGCGUGGCUGGAUAUGCUGGACUAAGGAGCAACCCCCCGAAACUGUCUCAUUCUACGUUAGAGUGCUCGGAUGAUGAGGCAUCUUCAGAUGGGAGGGAGGAGGUGCUGGAGUGUCCAAUAUGCUGGGAAUCCUUUAACAUUGUUGAGAACGUUCCCCAUGUUUUGUGGUGUGGCCAUACCCUCUGUAAGAAUUGUAUCUUGGGGUUGCAGUGGGCCGUUGUGAAAUUCCCAACAUUACCGGUUCAGCUUCCGCUUUUUAUAUCUUGCCCAUGGUGCAACCUCAUAUCCUUCCGCCUAGUUUAUAAAGGAAACCUUAGAUUCCCUUGCAAGAAUUACUUCCUUCUUUGGAUGGUUGAGAACAUGAACGUUGAUAGAGUGAAAUCUCAUUCUGCUUUCUCUGGGGAUCAACUAGUCUUUCCGGUGAGCGGAAAUUCAUCCCAGGGUAGCAAUCAAGUCUGUAACAGUAACUUUAGGAGGGGACACCAUGUUUGUCAUUCGGAUCCACGAGGACCAAACAAUGCCAAUAGCCAUGUCCAUAGCUUCAAUCUGCAAAGUCUCCAUUCUUCUCUCCGCAAAUUGCUCAUUUUCUUUGUUCACUUGACAGCCAAGUUCCCAUUGGUGAUCAUCUUCCUCCUAAUYGUCUUAUACGCCGUCCCUGCCAGUGCAGCCAUUUUGGCUUUGUACGUAAUAGCCACGGUCCUUUUCGCUCUUCCAUCGUUCCUCAUACUAUAUUUCGCAUACCCAAGUCUGGAUUGGCUGAUGAGGGAGAUCAUCACAUAAAGUGUGCAAAAAUCUCUAAACAAGCCAGCCACCCAUCAUCAGGAAAGGUUGAGUUUACAUAAUUUUCAUCAUAUAUUUGGCUUGUUGACACAUUAGCUUCCCAAUUUGUCGAYGUUUCAGAUGGUCAUACGGAUUCAACAUCACUCAUUGAAGUUCCUCCAGGUAAAAUAGUUUUAGUUUUGGUAGUGUCCCAAAAUUUCUUUUGUUUCCUUAAAAAAGCUAUUUGAGUAAUGAAGUAGAAGGAUUUGCUUAUUUCUGGUGUCAUCUUGUUGCUCUUUUGUGCCAUAUUCACUGCUAUUGUGCAUUAGAUUUGGAAAUUAGAUGCUGCUGUAUGGACAAAGCUUUAAGAAGCUCAAGUCCUUGCUUGUUGUACAGAGGAUUGGACUAAUUUAUAUGCCAACUAUGUUUACCAAAAAA